AGAAGUUGCAGUCACCAUCUUAACCAUUGGAUAUUGGAUGACCUUAGGUUUAAAGUGGCUCGCGCGCGGAAUAGUUGGGAACUUUUUAAUCAGGAUGGAGUCACCUAAAGUUGCGGACAGUGAUGGUUCUCUAGACAAAGUGGACGAUAGUCAUAGCGAAUCUCCUCAUAAAGAACAAGGUAUCUCAGUCUCUGAAGAAGAGGUUAAACAGCUCGAACCCAUAAAUGGACAUGAGGUUGAUACUGGUGAGAAAAGACAACGUAAGAAGGUUCAGAGAUUAUCCGAAACAUGGAAUCGAGCCCAUGAAGCCAAGGAAGAGGAACGUAUCAAAGCAGUUCAAGCAGUCUCAGCAGCGUUUGAGGGGGCUACAGGGACGGCACUCGGUGAAAUCCCACUCAUUGAAGCUUCCAUACGAAAAGCAAAACCUGCUAGCCUCAAAUCACUGCAUUUAAUAAUAUAUGGUAGACCUGGCUCUGCAAGCAAAAUACGUAGUAAUCUACGCAAAUUUCGAGGUUUUGGUUUUGUAAUGGGUUCUGAGCAGUACGAAAAAAAGUCAACAUAUAUUCAACAACGCCCUGCCUGUGAUCUACGCGAAGUUCUCCGCAUCUUAAACCUAGAAGUUACAGGAACUCGAGAACAGUUGGCCUCUCGCUUACUGGAAUUCCUACUCAAACCAACCGCUAAUUCUGUGAAAUGUAAAGGAAAGAUCGUUAAAAAAUAUAAACAAAAAAAUAAAUCUAAAGAUAUCAUCUCUAAAAAAUUGGGAUCAAAACCAUCGAAAAAGAACACUGUCUCAAAUGAACCUAGUAUAGAUAAUUCAAGUCAGCAGGAUAUUGAUGAACCUGACGAUAUGUCAUCUGAAUCUGAGGACUCAGAAAGUGAUAUAUCAGAUGCAGCUGAAUCAAUCGAAAAAAAGCAGCCACCAAAGAAACGUGCUUUAAGUCAACAACAAAAACAAAAACCUGUUAAACCUAGUAUUAAACGAGCUAAAAAACAUGAACUUAGUGAUACAGAAGAUGAAAAUGAUCAUAAACAUGUUCCGACUAAAAUGAAAAAAGAACUUGAUUCUGAUGAAGAAAAUGUUCCUCUGUCUAAUUUAACAUCCACAAAAGUAACUACCCCUCCAACUGAUUCUGAAUUAAAGAAAAAUAUAAUUGAUCUACUUAAAACAGUUAAUUUAGAAGAGACAUCUCUCAAAGUUGUUCGAGAAAAGAUUUUUGCUAAUUAUCCUAAUAUUGACUUAUCUGAUCGCAAGGAUUUCAUUAAUUCCACUGUUAAAGAGUUCUUGGCUCAUUCUUGAUUUGAUUUAUUAUUGGUCGCAGAAGAUGUUAAUUGUGAAUGUACGCCAAUUUUUUGUUAAAUAGUAUUGGAUCACAUAUAUACAUAACUACGAUCAUGGUGUUCAUUCACACACAUCAUUUAUUCUCUAAUAUUAAUACCGGCAGCUGUAUUUUUUAACCGUUGAUCUACACACACAUUUUGUUUUACCCUUUCGUUCCUAAAUUUUAUAGCCUCCCAUAAGAUACCGUACUGGUGUUAACAUCAUUCUUCCAUACCCAUUUGGAUAUAUAUAUAUAUAUAUAUAUAUAUAUAUAUAUCUGCUAACUUGUAAAUUUUGUUUUUCCCUUUCACAUUAAAAUAAAAUAGACAAACAAUGCAUUUCUCUACGCUUUUUUAUUUGUAUGUUUUGUUCAUUCUCAUAUAAGUAACAUCACUCGUUAUUGCACUAUCCAUUCUUCUUUAUUUGCGAAAAAAUUAUUACCAUUACUAUUGUUAUCGUUAUUCUUCAUAUUAUUAUUAUUAUUACUAUCAUUAUCAUCAUUAUCAUCUUUUUUUUAUAUUAUUGUAAGUGUAUGUGUAUAUGUUUAUAUAUGAGUGUACCAGACUAUAAUGUGAAGAUUUUCUCAAUUCAUUAAUCAAGAAAAAAAAAUAAACAACAACAAUUCUACUACAAUGUCGUACUUUACUUUAAAAUAAGAACUCACUACCAUUAUUAUUACUACUACUAACGAUAUUAUUGUUUUUAAU